AUGCUGGUUGUUCCAACGCCAAACUCCACAGCCAGACGCUCCACACCUAUUUCAAUUCUGUCAGUUUAUUGCAGUUUGUUAUCUGUCUGUCUUUCUAUCUAUCCCAGCUUGUUAAUUAUCUGUCUUAAUUUGAAAAUUAUCUAUUUAUUUCAAUUUGUAAAUAUCUAUCUAUCUAUCUAUCUAUCUAUCUAUCUAUCUAUCUAUCUCAGUUUGUUAAUUAUCUAUCUAUCUAUCUAUCUAUCUAUCUAUCUCAGUCUGUUUAUAUCUAUCUAUCUAUCUAUCUAUCUAUCUCAGUUUGUUAAUUAUCUAUCUAUCUAUCUAUCUAUCUAUCUAUCUAUCUAUCUAUCUAUCUCAGUCUGUUUAUAUCUAUUCUAUCUAUCUAUCUAUCUAUCUAUCUAUCUAUCUAUCUCUAUCUAUCUCAGUUUGUUAAUUAUCUAUCUAUCUAUCUAUCUAUCUAUCUAUCUAUCUAUCUAUCUAUCUAUCUAUCUAUCAUUUUCUUCUUUUCUUUCUCCCUUACUAUUUCUUUUCUUCUUUCUUUUCCUCAUUGAUUCUUUUUUAUUUCUGACUUGCUUCUCUUUCUUCCUUUCUUUCUUUCUUUUUCUUUCUUUCUUUCUUUCUUUCUUUUCUUUCUUUCUUUUUUUUUCUUUCUUUCUUUUUUCUUUCUUUCUUUCUUUUUCUUUCUUUCUUUCUUUCUUUCUUUCUUUCUUUCUUUCUUUCUUUCUUUCUUUCUUUUUUUCUUUCUUUCUUUUUCUUUCUUUCUUUUUCUUUCAUUCAUUCUUUCUUUCAUUCUUUCUUUCUUUCUUUCUUUCUUUCUCUUUCUUUCUUUCUUUCUUUCUUUCUUUCUUUUUCUUUCUUUCUUUCUUUACUUCCACCAGCCAUAUCGGUUUCUUCCUUCGACAUUCUGCCAAAGCCAGCCAUAUCGGUUUCUUCCUUCGACAUUCUGCCAAUACCAACCAUUUCUGUUUCUUCCUUCCUCAUUGUGUCAAUGCUAACCAUUUCUGUUUCUCCCUUCUGCCAAUGCCAAACAUUUCUGUUUCUCGCUUCCACAUUGUGCCAAUGCCAACUAUUUCUGUUUCUUCUUUCCUCAUUCUAGCAUUUCCAACUAUUUCUGUUUAUUCCUUCCUACUUCUGCCAAUGCAAGCUAUUUCUAUUUAUUCCAUCGUCCUUCAGCCAAUGCCAACAAUUUCUGUUUCUUCCUUACUCAUUAUGCCAAUGCCAACCAUUUCUGUUUCUUCCUUCCUCAUUCUUCCAAUGACAACAAUUUCUGUUUCUUCCUUCCUCAUUAUGCCAAUGCGAACCAUUUCUGUUUCUUCCUUCCUCAUUCUCCCAAUGCCAACCAUUCCUGUUUCUUCCUUUCCUCAUUCUUCCAAUGACAACAAUUUCUGUUUCUUCCUUCCUCAUUAUGCCAAUGCCAACCAUUCCUGUGUCUUCCUUUCCUUAUUCUUCCAAUGCCAACCAUUUCUGUUUCUUCCUUUCCUUAUUCUUCCAAUGCCAACCAUUUCUGUUUCUUCCUUUCCUUAUUCUUCCAAUACCAACCACUUCUGUUUCUUCAUUUCUCAUUCUUCCAAUGCCAACCAUUUCUGUUUCUUCCUUCCUCAUUCUUCCAAUGCCAACCAUUCCUGUGUCUUCCUUUCCUUAUUCUUCCAAUGCCAACCAUUUCUGUUUCUUCUUUCUGCCAAUGCCAAGCAUUUCGGUUUCGUCCUUCCUCAUUCUUCCAAUACCAACCACUUCUGUUUCUUCAUUUCUCAUUCUUCCAAUGCCAACCAUUUUUGA